ACAGCUGCUCGUGGUCCAUACGGUACGAGUGGUGUUACUUACGUUCAGUGGGGAAGGAAGAAAUGCUCGGCCAGUGGAGUACAAACUCUCUACUCUGGAGUCGCUGCUGGAUCACACUACGCGAGUCCCGGAGGUGGAGCUAACACUCAGUGUCUUCCACUUGAUCCUGUUUGGGGAAAUUAUAAAGAUGGCGUUCAAGCAGCAAGUUAUAUUUUUGGAGCAGAGUAUGAAUUGUGGCAAGGCAUUCAACCAUUUGAAAACAAAGGAUUGUAUAACCACGAUGUUCCUUGUGCUGUGUGUUACUCUGCCACUAAGAACGCUCAAUUCAUGUUGCCAGCAAAAAACAUUUGUCCCAGUGGAUGGAGCAGGGCAUACUAUGGAUAUCUCAUGGCAGAACGACAUACUCAUGCAGGAAGGAACACAUACCUUUGUGUUGACCACAAGGCAGAAGGAACAGUUGGAGGUGCUCCAAGUAACGACCAGUCUACGUUUUACCCUGUUGAGGCUCGAUGUGGAUCACUUCCUUGUCCUCCCUACGUUGACGGUCGAGAGCUUACCUGCUCUGUGUGUCUCAAGUGACAAAAAACAAGAACGUUUUGACAUAGAACACAACCACAAUACAACAAAAGAGUAGGAUUUCAUGUCUUGUCUUUCCUAGAAAUGCUGUGAACACGAAACAGUUGUAUACUUGUAUAUCUUACUCACUAGUCGUAUCAACUACUUUGCUACAUGUCAAUUGCAAUUAGCUAAUAAAACAAAACUG